AUGGCUGCACAGGACGAGCUCAAUCAGCUGGAACGUGUGUUCCUGCGUUUAGGUCAUGCAGAAACAGAUGAACAGUUGCAGGACAUCAUAUCCAAAUUCCUGCCACCUGUUCUGCUUAAACUCUCCAGCGCCCAGGAGGGUGUCCGCAAAAAAGUAAUGGAACUGCUCGUUCACGUCAAUAAAAGGAUCAAGAGCAGACCCAAGAUUCAGUUGCCCGUGGAGACACUCCUAGUGCAAUACCAGGACCCAGCGGCCGCCUCAUUUGUCACGAACUUUACUAUAAUCUACAUAAAAAUGGGCUACCCAAGACUGGACGUGGCCAAACAGUGUGAACUGGCUCCUACAUUGCUUACGGCGAUGGAGGGCAAACCAGAACCUCAGCAAGACAGCUUGAUGCAUUUGCUGAUUCCUACGCUGUACCACAUGAAGUAUCCCACAGAACCGUCUAAAGCAUCGCCCUUUGUUCUGACUGAGAAACCCAAGACGGUCCACCAGCUGCUGGAGUUCAUGCUCGAUGUGCUCCUAAUGCCUUAUGGCUUUGUGUUGAAUGAACCACCCAGUCGUCCAGCUCCUUCCUCGCCACAAGGCGCUGUGGCAGGAGCAGCAGCAGGACAGAACCUCCCUCAGCCUCCUCCUGGGAUGAGCCUGUAUGCUGUCAAAAGGGUCAUUGGAGAGGCUCAGUGGAGCCCUGAACAGCUGGAGCAGUGUAAGCUAGGGAUCGUGAAGUUCAUCGAGGCGCAGCAGGUGCCUGAAGUGGAGACAGUCGUCCACCUGGUCAUCGCCUCCAGUGACACCAGACACAGUGUUGCCACGGCCGCCGACCUGGAGCUGAAAAGCAAGCAGAGCAUCAUUGACUGGAACAAUCCACUUAUAAUUAACAAGAUGUUCAGAGUUUACUUGGGCGACAUUCCACUCAAAACAAAGGGUGCUGCAGUAAAGCGAGAGCUGAAGCAUGAACCGGUUAGCACCAGAGUAAAGCUGAAGAUACUGCCUCACCUUCUCCGCUCCAGACUCGCAGCAGAGUGUUUCCCUGCAAACAUCCAGGUUGUCUAUGAUGGUCUGUUUGGAGCCAACUCCAACAACAAACUCCUGUCUCUCACUCUACAGUUUGUGCACCAUAUUUGUGUUGUGUGCCCCGAUACUAACAAGCCACUGGGUCUGAUGCUGUUGAAUGGCCUCACCAAGCUUAUCAAUGAGUACAAAGAGGAUCCGAAAUUAUUGUGUGUGGCCUACUCAGCUGUUGGAAAACUUUCAAGCCGAAUGCCACAGCUCUUUACUAAAGACAUAGCUCUGGUCCAGCAGUUCUUUGAAUCCAUGUGCAAGGAGGAAGCUGAUGUGCGAUUGGCUAUUCAGGAGGCUUUAUCUAUGAUGGUCGGUGCAUAUGUCAACCUGCAGGGGGCACUCCUCAACCUAAUGGAGGCACUGGUGGCCGCUUACAUUGGAAAGCCUGAGGUGCAGGUGCGUCAGGUGGCGAUGAAGUUUGCCAGCAGUGUGUUUGCGCCUGAUCAUGUGCCGUCCAGAUACCUGUUGCUCCUGGCAGCGGGAGACCCUCGUGAAGAGGUGUGUGGAGAGGCCCGCCGUACUCUGAGAUCUCUGUCGUCUAAGAGGACAGAGAAAGAGGGAUCCAAGCCCAUGCCAUCCUUUCCAGAGAUGGUCAGCUACAUCCAGGAGAAGGCUUCUGAGAGAAUGAAGAGUCCAGCCAAAUACAUUAUUGGAACCUCAACACUUCCUUUUAACCCUGCCACAUUUGAAGAGAUCAUUCUGUACCUCAGGAUGUGUCUGGCUCAUAGUGCUGGAGCCACACCGACUUCUCAGAGUUUGAUUGAUAUGCAAGACGACGCCCCGCUUAUUGGACGCUACAUUCGAUCAUUGCUCGCAAAUGAGGCUUCUCCCAAAGGAUGUGAGACCAGUCCUGUGCAGGUCUACAUGGAUCUUCUACAGCAGCUUCUGUCAGCUGUUGGAGGUAUUCCAGUGAUGUAUUGUCUUUUGGAGGUGGUGUCUGUCUGCCCUCCGAAACUCGCUGCCAGAUUUGCUCACAAAAUCGAUUGGAUAAAAGGUCUAAUGAAUACUAAUAAGGAAGAUAUGCGAGAGCUAGCUGCUCAGCUCUAUGCUGUGGUUGUCUCCACCAUGUCUGGCAACGAGCUCAAAACAGCUGUACAAAACCUGAUCAAGAUCACCAAAGACGCUCACAGUCCCGAGACCCAGCAUGGAGCCAUUUUGGCUCUAGGCUAUAUGGUGGGCAGGUAUAUGAGCCGGAGGCGUGGCUUGAUCAUGGGUGACACCCCAGACCUUGAUCAAAUGAGUGCCACAUCCAGGGAGGAUGAGGAGCUGAUCACUAUGGCAACCAAAAUUAUCGGGUCAUUUCUGGAUAGUGGGUCUCCAAUGCUCACGGUCGCUGCAGUAACAGCUCUGGGUGAGAUUGGUCGUAAUGGUGAACUGCUGAUACCAGGAGACGGAGAUGGCUUCACCAAACUCAGCCUUGUGGACAACCUGCUCGCCAGGAUACCAUCAGGCAAAGAGACCGGAAAGAUGAAGGAGCGUGCUAUCCAGACACUUGGGUUCCUUCCAGUAGGAGAUAGUGAAUUCCCCCACCAGAAAAAGCUCCUGCAAGGCCUCAUGGAUUCAGUAGAGGCCAAGCAAGUUGAGCUGCAGUUUACAGUAGGAGAGGCCAUUACUGGUGCUUCUAUAGGAACCUGUUCUGGAGCUGCCAGAGACGUCUGGACUUGCACUGAAGACCAGUACUGCCCUCCUCAAAAUGUGAAGAAUAAUGAUGUGGUGCCCUGGGUGUUGAGCUCCAUCUUGUCUAAGUACAUAGUGAGUCAGAACCCUCAUGUGCGUCAGGCUGCCUGCAUAUGGCUGCUCUCGCUAGUGAAGAAACUGAGUGAGCACAAAGAGAUUCGGUCCCAUCUGAAAGAGAUUCAGACAGCCUUCAUUUCCAUCUUAUCUGACCCAGAUGAACUGAGUCAGGAUGUGGCAUCUAAAGGCCUGGGUUUGGUGUACGAACUCGGAGGGGAGCAAGAUCAGCAGGAACUGGUGUCCACUCUAGUGGAGACUCUUAUGACUGGAAAAAGAGUCAAACACACUGUAUCAGAGGAUACUGAGGUCUUUCAAGGCGAUGCUCUUGGUAAAGCACCCGAUGGACAUGGCCUCUCUACCUACAAGGAGCUGUGCUCAUUGGCUAGUGAUCUGAACCAACCAGAUCUUGUUUACAAAUUUAUGAAUCUGGCCAAUCACCAUGCUAUGUGGAACUCCAGGAAGGGGGCAGCAUUUGGUUUUAACAUCAUUGCAGCAAAGGCAGGGGAGCAGCUCGCUCCUUUUUUGCCUCAGUUGGUGCCCCGCCUCUACAGGUACCAGUUUGACCCCAACCUGGCCAUCCGGCAAGCCAUGACCAGCAUCUGGGAUGCCCUCGUCACGGACAAAAACAUUGUUGAUAAAUACUUGAAGGAGAUAUUUCAGGACGUCAUAUCCAACCUGACCAGUAACAUGUGGAGAGUUCGGGAGUCAUGCUGUUUGGCUUUGAACGAUCUGAUCCGUGGAAGGCAGGCAGAUGACGUCAUUGACCACCUGACAGAAAUCUGGGAGACGCUGUUCCGGGUUCUGGAUGAUAUCAAGGAAUCAGUAAGAAAAGCAGCAGACUUAACUCUGAAGACCCUCAGCAAGGUGUGUGUGAGGAUGUGUGAAUCAACAGGUGCAUCUGCUCAACGAAUAGUUGGAGUGCUGCUCCCAAUUCUGUUGGACAAAGGCAUCGUCAGCAAUGUAGCAGAAGUGCGCUCUCUCAGUAUCCAGACGCUGGUUAAGAUCAGUAAGACAGCAGGCAACCGCCUAAAGCCCCAUGCCCCCCGUCUCAUCCCUGCUUUGCUUGAGGCACUGAGUGUGCUGGAACCUCAGGUGCUCAACUACCUCAGUCUGAGAGCCACUGAGCAGGAGAAGAGUGCAAUGGAUACUGCCAGACUGAGUGCAGCCAAGUCUUCACCCAUGAUGGAGACUGUUAACAUGUGUCUGCAGCAUUUAGAUGUGUCAGUGUUGGGAGAGCUGGUCCCCAAACUCUGCGACCUGCUGAAGAGUGGAGUCGGUCUUGGAACUAAGGGUGGCUGUGCCAGUGUGAUUGUCUCUCUGACAGUACAGUGCCCUCAAGAUCUCACACCUUACUCAGGUAAACUAAUGAGUGCACUUCUUAAUGGAAUCCAUGACCGCAGUGUCGUAAUCCAGAAAUCUUUCGCCUUCGCCAUCGGUCAUCUGGUCAGGACUGCAAAGGACAGCAGUGUGGAGAAGCUUCUGCAGAAGCUCAGCACCUGGUACUUGGAGAAAGAAGAGGUGGUGUACAAGUCUUCAUGCUGUCUGACCGUGCAUGCCAUCAGUCACUACAGUCCUGACGUGCUGAAGGCUCAUGCAGGCGUGGCCCUGCCGCUGGCCUUCCUGGGAAUGCACCAGCAGACUGACGAACAAGGAGAAAGUGCUGACGCCAACCUGUGGGCUGAGGUCUGGCAGGAGCAUGUGCCUGGCAGUUUUGGAGGAAUCAGGCUGUAUAUGACAGAGCUGAUAGCCAUCACCCAGAGGGCUUUGCAGUCUCAGUCGUGGAAGAUGAAGGCUCAAGGCGGCGUUGCUAUGGCCACCAUUGCAAAGCAACAGACAGGUUCUCUGGUGGCACCUCACCUGGGUAUGGUGCUGAAUGCACUGCUGCAGGGACUCGCAGGACGCACCUGGGCAGGCAAGGAGGAGCUGUUAAAGGCUGUUGGAUCUGUGGUGUCAAAAUGCAGCGCGGAACUAAAGAAGACGGUUGCAGGUCAGCCGAGUGUACGGCAGGUACUGGACCUGGUGCUGAAGGAGUGUAAAAAGGAGAGUCUAGUUUACAAAAUGGCUGCCCUGCGCUGUGCAGCAGACAUUUUAGAGGCUACUGAGGAGGACCGCUUUCAAGAAAUGACAGAAAUUCUGUUCCCACUCAUCAGAAAGAAUCAACCUACAAGCGCUGGUUCACCCAAACAUGAUGAUGACGACGACGAAGAAGCAAAAGAGCGAGAGCUGCGGAUGGAGGUUCUAAUAUGUGCAUUUGAGACCCUCGGAAAAGCCUGGCCCAAAACUGCACAGAUGCAAAGUCGGUAUCAGGCAGAGGUGUGUGGGCUGAUGUGUGAUAGACUGAAACUGAGCACGUGGAGGGUUCAGCUGGGUGUCCUGCAGUGUAUGAAGGCUUUCUAUCAAAGGUUACUGCUGUUAGAACAGGACCAGAAGAACUCCGGAGUACUGACUGAGCUUCUGUCAGAAACCUGCACUGCACUCGCAUCACCACUAGAAAACAGAAGUUACUCGUCUGUAAGAACUGAAGCCUUGUCCAUUCUGGAAUUGCUACUGAAAAGAAUCGAAGAGAGCGAUCAAUGGGACUGCCUGGCUGAGAAGAGUCGGCAACAGCUCCAGCGUUCUCUUGCUACCAUGGAAACAGACCUCCGUCCUGAUCUGAAGGACAAAGCCCAGACGCUGAGGAGGAAAAUACAGGGCCUGCCUUAAAGCAACUUAGAAAGACUCCUAGAAUCUGCUUUCUCCACUGCAGUCGUAACCCACAGACCAAACUCGCACCUAAUUUAUCUGCCAAACCAGGUUACCAAAUCCAGAUUAUGCACAGUCCCAUUCAAGUUAAAUUGAUGUUUGCCAAGCAAAACUUUUAAAACAUCUUCUCCUGACCUGAUUUUGUGACCCUGUAACUUUCAGCAGUCUCAAAGAUGUACAGUUGGGACAUGCGUAUAUGAUGUGCUUUUAAAGGCAGCCAAUUUGGCUCAUUUGCUUUUACCAGUUUCUUAUACUCACCACUGUUUGCCACUACCUGUGCCAAGUGCAAGGCCACCGUUUGGAUAAUUUUCUACUCUCCUGAAUGGCAACGUCUUAUUCUGCGUGUAUGGUGAGAUUAGAACCUGUCAUCUAGCCUUGUAUGUAUUACUGAAGUUACUGAACACUAGGGAGAUGCAUUUUAAAGAACUCAUUGCAGUCAUUGGGUCUAAUGUCCCCACGCAUCUGGGUUGUCUUAGUCAAGCGCUAACUGCCACUUUGAAAUAUGUUUACCUGCACUGAAUUACUCAACCCUAAAUGGGUGGCGUGACUACUGCAGCUUGCUUAGGCCUCAUUACAGUUGAUUGAUGCUUUGUUUUCCCGCAGUCUUCUCUUUCAUCAGUAAUAGAGCAGAUUGGUGUACACACAGCCAAAGCAGCCGAUUUGUUUUUUGCCUCCCAUCCUUGUUUUUUUUAUUAGUCUUUUUAGAAGUGUCAGUGAAGUAAAAGAGAUGGAGGAAUGAUGCCAUACAAAAGCUUUGGAAUGUGAAAUUAAAAAGGGACUUGAUUAGAGGCAUUUUGUGUGUGUAAAGGAAAUCUUCAUGUAAAUUAGACUAAAACUUUGCCUUUACUGAUGUUUGCAUGUUACAAGGUGUGGUGCGUAAAAAAUAUAUUUUCAGAAACAACAAAGA